CGUUCAUCCGAAACUCGGCUUUUGACUCGGGGUGCAUUCCGAAAUCAACGGAAUUUCCCGUCCUUCUUUUUUUGAUAAGUACUUACGGUUAUACAAUAAGAGGUACGGCCGGUAGGGCUGAAAUUCUCGCAUCCCUAAAUCAUCCUUGUUGUCGUCGUCCAAAGAAUUGCACAUGGCAAUAUGGACAGUCAGCCUGUGCUCAGCGUCGCCAUUGUCGGUGCCGGGAUAGCCGGCUUGACUGCUGCCAUUGCGCUCCAAGGAAAACCGGGCAUCGACGUGCACAUCUAUGAGCGCACAAAGGAGCUGCGCGAGGUGGGCGCAACCAUCGCCCUGGGACCGAAUGGGUUGAGGACGUUGGAGAGGUUGGGAAUCAACAAUGCGCUGGACGAUUCGAUUGCUUUCCGGAACAAAUCGGGGCAUCCUAUGAUAUUCCGUCAUGCCCAAACUAACGAAACCGUGUCAGUUGACAAUCACGUCGGCCACAUUGAGCCACGCCACCACACCGCCCGCUUCUUCAGACCACACCUACAGCGCGCCCUUCUCCAACACGUCGACCCCAGUCGCCUGCAUCUUGGCAAGGCGUUCUCCUCGAUUAAACAGACCCAGGAUGGUUCCAGGAUCGUACUAAGUUUCACCGACGGGACCGCCGCGCAGGCAGACGUCGUCCUUGGCGCCGACGGCAUCCACUCAGCGGUCCGCCGGGCUUUCAUCCCAGAGACCCGCGCCCACUGGACCGGAUGGGUCAUCUUUCGGUCCGUGUUCCCCCGCUCCGUCGUCGCUCACAUCCCAGACCUGCCCGACGAGGCCGUGCACUACUGGGGCGUAGACCGGACCCUUUUCCUCUCUCCCCUGGCCGGCGGCGGCGGCGAGGAUCUGUUUGCCAUUGUGGCCUCGACCCAGCGCGAUCCCGAAGCUCCCGGCGACGAGGCCGCAAGGGGCGAGCCGGUGUGGAACAGAAAAGGCAGCCUCGAGGAGGUACGCGAGCUGUACCAGGACUGGCACCCGACGCUGCGUGCAAUCAUCCAAGCGAACCCCCACACGCGCGUGUACCACAACGCAGCCGCCGACGGGCUGGACUCCUGGGUUCUGGGCGCGGGCAAGGUGACCCUGGCGGGGGACGCGGCGCACGCGCACGGCGGAGCCUUUGCGGCGGGAGGCAGCCUGGCCAUCGACGACGCCUGGGCGUUUGCGCAGUCCCUACUGCACGUGUUUGCCGGCGAGGUCGGCGAUGGAGCAAAAGCGACGGCGGCGUUCCGGCAGCCAAAGGACAAGAGCGACAGGGUCGCGGCUGCACUGCGGCUGUACGAAAGGACUCGUAAGCAGCACACGGACCGCGUGCAAAAGACGGUCGCCGACAAGAACAGGGCGACUUUACAGCGGCUGAGGGCCGGGGUGGUCGAGUCGGAUCAGGAGCUGAGGCGGCGGAUGCGGACCAGGCAGGACCUGGCUUGGAUUCACGAGCAUGACGUCGUGUCGUCCUUUACCAAGGCAGUCGGCUCCUCCGACGGAGAGCUGGUCAGUCGCCUGUGAAUUUCAAUUGGUUAGGGUGCUCUGUGAUCUAUUUUAAUAUCCUGCUGGGGUGGCCACUUUGCCAGACUUCAAUCGGAUCGUAUCUUUAUUUUUUGAUUAAUGCAUCUUUUAUCGAAUUCUCAUAAUAAGAGCUAUUUAUAUUGUGAUA